GUGAGAGAAAGAAAAAAAAGAGGCAAAGCGAGUGAAAGAGGUGCCCCUCCCGCGAGCGAAGAAGGGGCAGGAAGGAGGGGCUCGAGCCCGCCUGGUGAUAUAAAGGAAGCAGAUCGGAAAGAGCUGUGCCAUCUUCAUUAACAUUCUUGCAGAAUCUAUGAUGGAGGCAAUACAACAACAUUAGCAGAGCUGGAGAUAACUUUGCAAGCCAUGUUCUGGAAGUUUGACCUCCACACGACCUCUCAUAUUGACACCCUCUUGGAGCGUGGCAACGUGACCCUCUUUGAACUUCUGGAUGAGGAGGAUGUGCUGCAGGAAUGCAAGGUGGUCAACCGCAAGCUGGUGGACUUCCUGGUUCAGCCUGAGCACAUGGAAGCACUGGUCACCUGCGUGACAGAGGAGCCCCCUGGAGACGUGGAUGAGAGAGUACGCUACAAGUACCCAAGUGUGUCAUGUGAGAUUCUGACGUCAGACGUCACACAGAUAAACGACGCAUUGGGUGAGGACGAGUCUCUCUUGCGGCGCCUCUACAGCUUCCUUCAAACUGGCGGUAUCCUCAACCCGCUGCUGGCUAGCUUCUUCAGCAAGGUCAUGGGGAUUCUUAUCAACCGCAAGACUGAUCAGAUAGUUGCCUUCCUGCGCAAGAAAGAUGAUUUUGUCAACCUGCUGCUACUCCACAUCGGUACCUCUGCCAUCAUGGACCUCCUGUUGCGGCUCCUCACCUGUGUGGAGCAGCCACAGCUCAGACAAGAUGUGUUCAAUUGGCUUAAUGAGGAGAAGAUUGUGCAGAGGCUCAUUGGGAUGAUCGACCCUUCAAAAGAUGACAAUCAACAUUCCAAUGCUUCACAGUCCUUGUGUGACAUUAUCCGGCUGAGCCGUGAGCAGAUGAUCCAAAUCCAGGACAGUCCUGAGCCUGACCAGCUACUGGCCACACUAGAGAAGCAGGAGACGAUUGAGCAGCUGCUAAGCAAUAUGCUGGAUGGAGAACGGAGUGAGUCCGUCAUCGUCAAUGGGAUCCAGGUCUUGCUGACCCUGCUGGAGCCGCGCAGACCCAGGACAGAGCUGGGCGGCAUGGGGGGCUUUUACUGCAACCUGGAGGGGCAGAUGGAGAUGACUGGGCCCAGCUGUGAAGUGGCUUCAAGCCAGGCCAGUCUGGACACUCUGCUUGCCAUCAAACAGCGUCUCAGGGAGCUUCACCAGCUGCUCCUCGACCCACCAAAGAAAGAAUCCCUACAGACAACAUGGGGGAUCCUGGACCCUCCUUUGGGAAACACGCGCCUUCACGUGGUGAAGCUGCUGGCCAGCUCACUGGGCACCAACAAUGCAGCACUGCAGGAUGAGAUUAUAGAGCUGGGGGCCCUUGACACAAUGCUGGACCUCUACUUUAAGUACACAUACAACAACUUCUUGCACGCUCAGGUGGAGGCCUGCCUUAGUAAUGUUUUCACUUCCCAUGCUGGGAAUGAGACCAUUGAGAACCACUCAGAGCCCCUCCCAGACAACCCUGUCAUCCAACAUUUGCUGCAGAAAUGUCGUUUAAUCCAAAGAAUCUUGUCUGCCUGGGAAGAAAAUGAGCACUCGCAGUCGGAUGGGGGCAGACGCAAGGGCUACAUGGGGCACCUUACGCGCAUUGCCAAUGCCUUAGCUCAAGCCUUGGAGAAGUGGCCCCACUCCACCCUUAUCAAGCAGCUCUUGAAAGAGCUGCCUGAGGAGGAACAGGAACAGUGGGAGACGUUUGUCUCGGGUCCCUUGUCAGAGACUAACAAGAAGAACACUGUGGAUCUCGUUAACAUGCACAAUCUCCACUCGUCAAGCGAUGAUGAUGAGAACGACCUCAAGGAGUUCAACUUCCCUCAGGAGGCUGUCCUGCAGCAGGCCUUUGUAGAUUACCAGCUGCAGCAGAUGACUUCAGCGUUCAUUGACCACUUUGGCUUUAAUGAUGAAGAAUUUGGCGAGCAGGAAGAGAAUGUCAACGCCCCCUUUGACAAGACGGCCAACAUCACCUUCUCCUUGAAUGCUGAUGAUGACAGCCCCAAUUCCAACCUCUUUGACAUCUGCUACAAAGAGCGCAUCCAGCAGUUUGACGAUGAUGAAGAGGCUGACGGUUCCGAUGGGGAGGACAUCUGGCAGGAGAAGGAGGCUGCUGUCUCUUCCAGUACGGCCCAGCCUGCCGCAGUCAGAAGUCUUGGCAGCACAGAUAGUGAAGAGAGCGAGGACUCGGAAGAGGGAGAAGGAGGCGAAGAGGAAGAUCCUGGCGGGGGAGACGGAGAUGCCACCCAUAUCAGCAAUGGCUGUGGUGAACAAAUGGAGGCAGAGAGAACAUUAGGAGACCCCAAUUGGACAGACAGUCCCUCUGAUCCUUCUUCAGUAUCUAUGGUGUCCUCGCAGCCUGUAGCAGCUGACACAGGAGCAGCAGUGUGGGAUCGUCCCAACUCCGAUGACUCCUGCCCCACCACCACAGAUAAAAACUGGGCCUCAUUUACAGAACCCCAUAUACAGCAAGAGAGGCCCCCCAAAGCACUUGUGGACCCUGCUUCCCCUGCAACCCUCCCUCAGGAAGUGACGCAAAGCAAUGUAUCUCCAGCAGGAGCAGCCUGUAGUGUUCAACAGGAACCUCCUACCCCAGACACAGGCCCCCCAGAAGGCGGUGACCCAUCAAAUCCCACCACCAUAACAACAGUAGCCAGCACAGUAGAAACUCCCCCAUCUACCUCUGAUUCCGCCCAACCUCUCCAGGGGACAACAGAGACUCCACAACCUGAGCACAGCUCCCAACAGACAGAAGAGCAGCAGCAACCGGCAGCCAGAUAAAGCCUCUCCGUGGGUCUCGUCACUGGGGAAGGCCCACAGCUGCUUGUUGGAUCAAGUCCAUUUUGCCAGGGAUUGUCCCCAUUACUUCCGGUGCCUUCACCCCUGUGGGCAAGUGGGGGGCAGAAGAGAAAGCAGCAAGGGCAAUGAAAGAGCCCAGCCUCUCUCCUUAUCCCACCCCGAGCAACCACUGAAGAAAUCAGGACCUGGUACUGAUGAGCACCUGCGGGAGAAAUGGAUGUGCGUACAAGGGCAAAAGCAUCUUCCUCCUUCUGGCACGUUGGUUGGCGAAUCCCAAGAAGACUGCCCCCCCCCCAGGAAUUGGGGAGGAAGGAGAUAUCUGUCUCUCCUCCUUUGACACAAUGCCUCUUCCCCUGCAAUUCCAAACCUCCCCCUCUCAAUAUGCAUACAUACACAGUGCUGCACUGAUGAGCAAACCUUGUCUAUUUUGAUGCAAUUAAAUUUGAUGCUUAUAUCGUAUUGGAGGUCUUCUAAUGGGGUGACACCGAACAGAGCAGGGAGAAAACAGUCAAGCAACAAUGUCUUUCUCAGCCAUUUGUGUGGGCUCCUCCACCAUCUGACAGCCACACCUGCAAGCACAAUUCUGCCACAUCUUCCCUUUUCCCCUCCCUUUGACCCCCUGGCCAUCUGUCUCCAAAUUUGGUCACGGUGGCAGGUGGCAUUAGCAUAGCACAGGGUAAAAAGGAUCAGGAGUUUGCUUCAGAAGGUCCUGAUGGACUUUGCUGAGGACCGCUGCCUUGAGCCAUGGGGUUGGGAAGAGCAGUGAAGGAUGUGGGAUUGUGCGAUAGGUGCCAGGUCCAUAUGAAAUGUCCUUUCCAUGUUGGGAUGAAAUAAUGAUAGUUUUGCAUCUUGCAUGCACCCAGUCCUCCAUUUGAAGCUAAUAUCCAAGAGAGAGCAGAGGGGUGUCUUGGAGAGGAAGGCAGAGCAAGCCUUGCUUGUCUCCUGCAUGAAAACAGUUGCUUCUCACCCUCAGGAUUGCCCCUGCCACCUGGUGGUCUUCAACCAAUAUACUCAGUGAGGUUUUUUAAGAGUGGGUCAUGUCUCCACCCCUGUGAAAUCAGGAAUGACCCUUCCAAACGUUUCCAUCAUUUGAUUGUCCCUGCCCUCAACAUAUGUUCACUAGCUCACUGGGAUUUAAGCUUGAGCUCAUCCUGUUCUCCCAGUGGAUUCUGCCUUCCCCAUCCACUUUUUCCAGUGCUGUUUGUUUUGUUGUCACUAUUAAAGAGCUCAGUAGGAAGUCCACCACCUGUCUCACAGAUCCAAGCAACAGCUACAUUGGCAUUGGGGGGGAGAAGUAUGCUAGUCUGUCACGGCAUCCUCCCUCUCAUGACAAUUGUUUUUGGAAAGGGCGUGGGAGGAGGGUAGUUACCUUUCUGUCAGUGGUAUGUACCAGUUGGUCCUGGAAACGAUCCCUAGCAUUAAGUGGCACGUCUGUGAUUUGGGAAACUGCACCAAUGGGAAUGGCAGGGAGUUUGGCAGUUCUGCAUCAGUUAAUAUUGACAGGCUUGUCCUCCAAUUUCAGCAUUGCUGAUAAUGGGGACCAACUGCACUUUAACAGAUAAGAUUUGAUGGCUAAAUUUUGGCCUGCUCACUCUCUUCAACUGCAGAAAGUAUGCCAAACCCUGGAUCAAAAUACUGAAUUCUUUUCCCUCAAGGGCCAUCAGAAAUGGGGAGGACUUCCAUCUCUGGGGUUAUGUUGUAAAAAGAAGAGGAAUUCAUUACACAGGCCUGCAGUACAGCCUAGAAAUGUACCCUUGGACCCCUGUAUAUCCCCCCUGCAUCCCUGAAUCUGAGUUGUGUGGGGUUGUGUUUCUUUAAAACUCAAAACCCAAUUUUCCUGAUUCUUCAGAGUUCUGGCACUCUCGAGUCCUCCAUUCAUCAUACACAAGACUGAAAUGACUCCAGUAGAGUGCCCAGGGAGCCUGUCUUGCAGCCUCACUUCUCUGUAAUACUUUCUCCAAAGAGAAUUCCCCCUGCCCUGGCUGUCUGCAAAAAGUUACUGUCCCUUGAAGGCCAAGGAGCUCUCAUGCCCUGCCCUCCUGUUCUUAACCCCACCAGAUCGACUCCUCUCUUGGGGCUUCUAGAAACAGAAUUCUCCACCAAAGGUCCCAGAAUUACUGCUUUUUCUCUUCUUCUGGCCUCCCACCCAGCUCCUGACAUGUUUUGGACUUUCUUUAGCUCUUUUUUAUAGUGUUUAAAGAAAAAAUCACUGCCUCAUCCUUGCCUCUGACUACAGGAUCAGGACUAGAGCAUUGCAAAGGUUCAGCCAAGAAUGCCUUGAGAUUUGGAGGGUACGUAAUACCAGUGCCUGUGGGUCUUGGUGCGUGUGCGGGGGAGAGGGUGGCAAGAAAAUCUAAUACCAAGGUUUGUUGAGGUUAGCUUUGGAACAUCGUGGGUGGUAGGAAGAGAAGUCACAGUGGGGGAUAUUUCCCUUGCAUAAGACUAAAACACUCUUCACUCCACCUCUUUACUUCCAGGUGGUCAGUAAACUUGUACUCCCUCCUGUCUCUCCCUUUCCUCUUCCCCACCCCAAUAUAAGUGGCAAUAUUUCUUGAAGCUCUUAAACCACAAAGGACAGAAGUGGCCUUUCGCAUUCUCUGCGUCAUGCCAUGUCAGUAAUUUUUUUUCUUUUUCCCUGUGUGUAUGUGUGUGUUCUGUUUGAAUAAAGAGAUUCUAUGGCCGUAAUA